UGAACAUGUGCACUAGGAAGCGGUGGCAAUGUUGAGGAUUGUUUCCAGAAUAAUUAACAGUGUACAAACUCGGGAACGUGUGAGGUUCUUUCAUCUACGACACACCCUGUGUUCUGGCGUCUUUCGUCCAGAGCAAACGUGUUCUGUUAGUGUUCCCGGACACAUACCCGAGCCCCAACCUUAUGUCAUGGAGUCUAGACUUUACACUGCCCCUCCUGAGGUCCGCGGCAUGACCUGCCUCGAUAAAGAGGCAUUUGCCCAGACUAUAGUUGUCCCAGCUCUGCGUGUCCCCAAGGAAGUCCUCAACAAACUGGUGAAGAGUCUCAAAAAGGUGGCUCUCCAGAGACCGGGUGUGACGCGAGUGGUGGAGGACACAGGAGAAGGCGGGGGCAAAUACCGUCUCCUGCUGUUGGAUCCGGCCAGCGUGUCGUCACCAAGCUCUUUCAGUGACGCUGAGGCGGAGGUGCUGAAGGGGUUAAACGUAGCUCCGGAGCUGCAGCAGUACGAGUUGCAUCUUUCCUAUGACAACCUGAAGACUGAGGAGGUGCUGAGAGCGGUGCUUCCCGAGGGACAGGAUGUGACGUCGGGGUUCAGCCGGGUAGGACACAUUGCUCACCUGAACCUGAGAGACCACCAGCUGCCAUACAGAAACCUCAUAGGCCAAGUCAUAAUGGAUAAGAACCCUGGGGUGACCUGUGUGGUUAAUAAGACCAACAUCAUCGACUCCACCUACCGCAACUUUAAGAUGGAGGUCAUGGCCGGGGAAGAGAACAUGGUGGCCAAAGUAAAAGAGAACGGCGUGACCUACGAGUUCGAUUUCUCCCGCGUCUACUGGAACCCUCGUCUAAGCACGGAGCACGAGCGCGUGGUGGCUCUCCUGAAGCGAGGGGACGUCGUCCUGGACGUGUUCGCCGGCGUGGGUCCCUUUGCCGUCCCUGCGGCCCGGCGCGGCUCCACAGUGCUGGCCAACGACCUCAACCCCGAGUCCUACCGCUGGCUGAAACACAACUGCAAGCUGAAUAAGGUAGAGAGCAAGGUCAGGACGUUCAACCUGGACGGCCGGGCCUUCAUCCAGGGCCCUCUGAAGCAGGAGCUGCCUGCCUUACUGAAGGGAGCAGCUGCCGUUCACAUCGUCAUGAAUCUGCCCGCGCUAGCCUUGGAGUUCCUGGAUGCUUUCAAAGGCCUGUUAGACCAGGACCUUUCCUGUGACGUAACCCUCCCUCAGGUGCACUGUUACGGCUUCUCUAAGGAGGACGACCCCCAUAAAGACGUGCUGGAGAGGGCCUCUGCGAGCAUCGGGUUCCCCCUCGAAGGAAGGUGCUCCGUGCAUCUGGUGAGGAACGUAGCGCCCAAUAAGGAGAUGAUGUGCGUGAGCUUUACCCUCCCUAAAGAGGUCCUCCUCAGCAACAAGAGCAGACAGACAGAGCCCCCAGAGGAACCAGCGCCGAAGAGGAAGAAGUGCGAAGAGACUGCAGACUGAACGCCACAGAAGACAGAACUCGUGUUGUACAUUUUUCCACGUUACUAAAUACUGCUUGUUUUUCUUUUACAAUAAAGCGUCAUUGCUGGG